AUGGAAGGCCGGCUUAAACAGUGCAGUGCUAUGCACGCGUCUGUUGCAGCUCCUGAACAAAGCGGACGAAGCAACUCAGAGCUAACCUGUGUUAAUCGGGACUUGUCAGAGAAGCUUAGAAGCUGCGAAAACGCGAAUUUCAACCUGAGCGCAAGGAACCGUGAACUCCGCAAGGAGGUUGUGGUGUUGCAGGCGGAAAAUGAAGCUCUACGUCGACAGAAAGGGAACGAUGAGGACACUUUAGAGCAUCUGCGAGAGCUGAUUCGUGAAAGUGAACGGAAAGAGCGUCGUCUCCUGGAGAGGGUGGCUGCGCGGGAGCUGGAAGCCGGGUCGCCGUUGCAUGAAAGCGAAUUUCAGGAGAUUAUUCGCAGCAGCCAACAGCAUUUGACGGCCUUUUACGAGGAAAAGAUGUGUGCUAUGCAGGCCGAGAUGGAUCGUUUCUACGCUCACGCAUCGGCGUGCAUCCAAGAGAAGGAUACUAUUAUUGAAGCGUUGAAGGAAACAACGUAG